CGCUCCGAGCCAAGGUAUGUUGUUAGGAUGAAAAUUUAUUUCCUCCGCAAGUAGCACUUCGCUUCUUUGCAGAGUAUUCGCAACGAUAUCAUCCGGUUGACUUCAUUUCCUAACGAUACGCUUCUUUUACAAUAGAUGAUUGCACAUCAACGGAGAGAAGUACAUGUGACGCACAGCAGCUUUGUUGGCUUUCCAUUGAGUCCUUUGACAGAUCACACUCGGAAAUGGAAUCUCUCGUGGUCGAGUUGGAAAAGAAACAACGAAGAAAGAUGCGUAUCUAUUCUGCUUCGAUCUCUCUGGGUAUCGUAUUCAUCUUCGCUUACAUCAUCGGAUCAUUUUUCAACUCAUCAAGUAAGAGAAUCGAAGAUGUAAUUCCCGAAGAUAGCGUCUUUGAGGAUCAAAUUUCAACAGUUUACAAAUCCCCAAAAAUCUCCAUGCCUUUUUUCCAUGUAGUGCAGCAACCAUAACAGUAAUUGCAUUUCUUUCUUUUCGACUUCGAAAGAUGAAUCGAUAAGAAUUCAAGAUUAUCUACCGGUACAUUGCCAAAAGAAUUAUAAGCAAGUAUUCAACACGGUGACUCCAUUGGCUAGAAAAUAGUCAUCUUUUGUUUGACAAAUUGCCUCCCUGAUAAUUAUUACAAGGGGGUGAGUUUUGAACGCGACUAAAUUUUGGAUAGAAAU